UAAUAGGCUUCCCUUACGGAAUUAGCUGUACCGGUAAUGUUGUGUAUGACAAUACCAAGGCAGGACUUCUCGCGUUACGAAAAUAACAACAGAUGUAGAAUCCAGAAGUAAAAUUGGCUACGGAUGUGCAUAUGUCAACUUUUUUCUUUGUCUUUUUUUAAAGUCGCAAAUGACCAGUAUAUCUCAUGGCAACAUUUUCAUCUUUAUGUCUGUUUUGGUUGGGACAUUGGAAAAGAAGGACCAUAGCGAGAGAGAGAAAUUCCUACCGAAGGAAGAAUGUAUAGUCCAGCUGUGAGCCGCAUCCAUUCACGACGAACCACUGGUGUUAAUGAAGAAUAAACAUGUUCUACCAUCGAGGGGCAGUCUGUGAGCCUUCUUCGUUAUAACGGGUGUGUGUGUCUGGUUCACUGUCAGAGGGGAAGAAUCAUAGGUCACAGCAGGUCGGGGGCUAGAGGUUAGGGAUCAUGUCUGCCGUGGCGUUCCAGGACUUUCCUCUCAACAUCUACAUGGUCAUCUUCGGGACAGGAGUCUUCGUCUUCAUCCUCAGCCUCAUCUUCUGCUGCUACUUCAUCAGUAAACUGAGGCACCAGGCUCAGCGAGAGAGGUUUGGAUACAAAGCGGUGGUAUUCAAAGGGGAUACAAAGAAACUGAAUCUACACGGGCACACAUGUGCAGUGUGCUUGGAGGACUUCAGAGUGAAAGAUGAGCUAGGAGUGUUGCCAUGCCAACAUGCCUUUCACCGGAGUUGCCUGGUGAAGUGGCUGGAGGUGCGCUGUGUGUGUCCCAUGUGUAACAAGCCCAUCACUGGACCACCUGAACAUCACCACAGCCUGGGCACACUACUGGAUGAACUGGUGUAGCGCAUUGCUAUGGCGAUACAGUUCGAACGGAGUGGUGUUACGUUGCUAUGACAACACAGUUGGAAUAGACUGGUCUAACAGACCAUACGGACUAUACGUCGUUAAAGUGAAUUUACCGGACAAACUGUUCUUAAGGUCCAGGGAGAUAACCACAACAAUGGAGAAAAAAAUAUUCAGAUUUCAGACCCUCAUGUGUUGAUAACGAGACGGGACCCAGAGCAUUAUGGGUACUGUCAUAUAUCAUACUCAAGUGGAGUCAGUCAUUUAAUGACUGACUGCCCAAACCUCUACAGUGCUCACUCAACCAGUUUCAGGAAUGAGUGCAGGAUUCCCAAACCAAACUCUUGGACUAAAAUUUCCCUCUCAACCCUCAGUCACUGUCUGGACGAGGGGCUACCUGUUGAGGGAGAACUUCAGGUAACUCAUGGGCCACAUUGCAGAACGCCCAGAUAAAGAAAUAUGAUGUAGAACAGACAUGGCUCUCUGAAAUGUAGAGUGAGGAAUCAUGUCAGCUCUAUUUGUGGCAUUUCUAUCUGCAACAUCCAGUAUGUUGCACCCUGGGGAUGAUGAAAUACAUUUAUUAUUAUUGUGACACGUUUCCUGCCGACUACACUGUGGGUGUGUGUGUGCGUCUGACAGAUCUGCAUCCUGCUUAUAUUAAGUGUGACACACUCCUGUUUUGACCUGUCAGAGGAACCGACAACGACAAUGUAUUUAUUCUGACCAGUAUUUCCUAUAGAUUUGCCAAACAAGCCUUUGCAGUUUAUUGUAUUUAGAAUGAAGAGAUAUUUGAACGCAUUCCUUUCUGCAUGGUAAACUGAACUGAAGCACUGCCCAAUAGCUAAGUCGACAUUCCCUACAUGUACAUUGCAAAGAUUUUUCUAUUCAAAUGGAAAUAAUAAGACUAUCUGCUUUUGUAAAUAUGAGAAAAAGUCUAUGGGUCCUGAUUUGUUCUAUGUCCUACCGUGUUUCUGGUGUGUGAAUGAACAGUCCUCUACUGUGUAUGUAGAGGCAGGAGGAAGAGAAACACACCUCACCUGCCUUAAACCCCCUCUCACCUCUGGGUCUGCUCUGAGAUACGACAUGGGCCAUGACCCAAUACUUCAACCAUUCCCCUUCCGCAAAGUAAUCACUGACCUUCCACUACAUAGCUUCCAUCAAUACAGUCAAGUCAGAUCUGUGACUAUUUAGUAAAAGAGGUUGAAAGGGUGCAUUUUUUAAAGUAUUGGAACAGGUCCAUGGAUUUUACAGUCCUGUUUCAGUUGCCAUGUUUGUGCUCCUGUGAAUGUUUCAGGGGUCACUUCUCAACACCAUCCAUCUCUUCAUCACAGAGUGUUAUUAAUGGACUGCCCUCAUACGAACAGUUACACCAUGAAGCCUGGAAGGGUCACUAGACUAUUGUCACUAGAGGGCCAGUCUGUCUCUGCUUUUACCGUACUUGACAUGACAAUUACAAAGGAGUUGGCUGAAGCAGGCACCCAAGCUACUAAGUGGCCAGGCUAGAGCGAACAAGUGACAAUAUUUAAUGGGAACUGACAAACAAAUUUGUGUGCCAUCUGUUAGGGGUUAACCCUUUACACUCGUACCUGUAUACCGGUUGAAAAGUGAGUAUUUGGACACUGAUAAGCGCCUAAAUUGGAACACAGUGGCUGUACAGUAACUUGCUAUACAUGACGUCAGAGCUCAGGGUCUCCACUUCAUAGCUCUGUAUGGGUUUUGACUGACAGCGGUUCUGAACUUGACCGCUGCGCUCGACAAGAAGUACAAAUCAAAAUAAAUGUGUAUUUGUCACGUAAACGUUUACAUUUUAGUCUUUUAGCAGACGCCCUUAUCCAGAGCGACGUGAGUGCAUACAUUUUCAUACUUUUUCCAUACAACAGGUGUAGACUAACAGUGAAAUGGUUACUUAUGGGUCCCACUUACUUAUGGAUUCCAACAAUGCGGAGUUAAGAUAAAGAUCAAAAAUACAUUUUUUUAAAAUGAAAUAGGGACAUGAGGAAUAAAUACACACUGAGUAAAAGUAUACAUGUAAAAGUGUAAUAAUGUAAAAGUGUAAUGAGUAAAAGUAACAUGGAUUUAUACAGGGAGUACCAGGUCGAUGUGCAGGGGUACAAGGUAAUUGAGGUUGCUAUGUACAUAUACACUGAGUGU